CAACUGUAAACAGGUCUGGUUCCGUGCUGAGGAACACGGACCACUGUAAACAACUCUGGUUCAGUGCUGAGGGACACAGACAACUGUAAACAGGUCUGGUUCAGUGCUGAGGAACACGGACAAGUGUAAACAGGUCUGUUUCAGUGCUGAGGAACACGGACAACUGUAAACAGGUCUGGUUCAGUGCUGAGGAACACGGACAACUGUAAACAGGUCUCGUUCAGUGCUGAGGAACACGGACAACUGUAAACAACUCUGGUUUAGUGCUGAGGAACACGGACAACUGUAAACAGGUCUGGUUCAGUGCUGAGGAACACGGACAACUGUAAACAGGUCUGGUUGAGUGCUGAGGAACACGGGCAACUGUAAACAACUCUGGUUGAGUGCUGAGGAACACGGACAACUGUAAACAGGUCUGUUUCAGUGCUGAGGAACACGGACAACUGUAAACAAGUCUGGUUCAGUGCUGAGGAACACGGACAACUAUAAACAGGUCUGGUUCAAUGCUGAGGAACACGGACAACUGUAAACAGGUCUCGUUCAGUGCUUAGGAACACGGACAACUGUAAACAGGUCUGUUUCAGUGCUGAGGAACACGGACAACUGUAAACAGGUCUGGUUCAGUGCUGAGGAACACGGACCACUGUAAACAACUCUGGUUCAGUGCUGAGGAACACGGACAACUGUAAACAAGUCUGGUUCAGUGCGGAGGAACACGGACAACUGUAAACAACUCUGGUUCAGUGCUGAGGAACACGGACAACUGUAAACAGCUGUGGUUCAGUGCUGAGGAACACGGACAACUGUAAACAGGUCUGGUUCAGUGCUGAGUUACACGGACAACUGUAAACAGGUCUGGUUCAGUGCUGAGGAACACGGACAAUUGUUAACAGGUCUGGUUCAGUGCUGAGGAAUACGGACAACUAUAAACAGCUCUACAACGUUGUGUAUAUUGUCGUUCGACUUUCGUUUAUGAUGGAGUGUACUCGACCUUAAUUCAAGAAGUUAUAUUUUGAAACAUGGAUUUACCAAAUUUACCGGCCAGCGGUUUCGGAGCCCUCCAACAAGAUACACGUUUUGGUCAAACUGUCGCCCUGGACAUAAUCGGAAACGAUAAGUUAUUCCAAAGUCCUUCCAAAACUUAAAGAAUGGCAAAAUACCGGGUCAAGACUGUCAAAAUGAAAUCAGCCUUCCGCGUAGGGCAUUGCUGUAAGUGGAUGUACAUGGCCAUGGUGAUUUCACUAACCAUCUUGAUCAGCCUCGAACUCAGUUUAUAUGGUCAACUAAAGGAAAAGAUUUCUUUGCAGAAAGAGAGACGAGGUCGAAAACACCGAGGGAUUUUGGAAUCAAGCAAUGAUUUACUUCGCCAACAGGAAUCAAAGCAUGCAGCAAGGAGCUGGAAAUCUGAAUCCGACUCCGAUAUAAAAAAAUCUAAAAAGAUAUUUCGUACUGGCCAAAGAGUAGAAAAAACCAUGGAUUUAGUCGAAGAUAGAGUUAAACAAGGAAAAGGGGGCUCCAUCUACUGUGAGGGGAAUUUAGAAGUCUUCAAUUUGGAUAUAGUGUUAAUGAGAAACGUCCUUCUGGACACACGACAACUCAAAAGUAAAAUCAAAGGAGGUGAAACAAUUCAAGAGGUUAUGGGUCAAGACGAAAGUGCUGAACAAGUGACAUUAAAACCAGGAUUUUUCCGGAUUCCCUGUGCGUCAAUACCAUUACAAAAAUUUUCACCAAGGUCGUAUUUUUCAAAAUGGUAUCUUGCGUUGUCCGAGAGAGAAAUUGACAUCCCUUCUAAAUCUACAGAAAUUUCCAAUUUUACGGUUUUCAUUAAAAGAGGAGACUAUGCCAAUAUGUACUGGACGAUUAUAGAAUUGUACAACACCUUUCUAACGAUACGCCUGUUCGGGAAAGAUCCAAAAUCCUCGUCUGUAGUACUGGUCGAUGCUCAUCCACUAGGCAAACUGGAAAAUCUGUGGACUCUCUUGUUCGGAAACGUUAUUCGAAUAGGAAGUAUGCACGGUGAUAUAUUCAUAAAGGAAGCUGCGUGGGUGAUACCGAUAUCGGCUUCCCCUAUUGGCCAGGCCAUUCCAAGUCUUCCAUUUAUACGCGAUUUCAAAAUGGCACUUUACAAGGCAGUCGGGAUUAAUGUAAUUGUACCGAUGUGCGGAAAAGGAUUAAAUCAAACGAUCAUCACUUUAAUUUUAAGACAUGACUACGUUGCACAUCCCAGAAAUCCUUCAGGGAGCGUAAAGAGAAAGAUAUCGAACGAAAAAGAACUUAUUAAACAUUUAGAUACAAAGUUUCCAGGAGGCCGUUUAAACGCUGUUCAGUUAGACAACUUUUCGAUAGAGGAACAAAUUCGGAUUAUAUACAACACUUCCAUUUUAAUAGGGGUGCACGGUGCUGGAUUGGCGCUUACCAUUUUACUACGUCCCGGUGCUUCCAUGUUCGAAAUGUUCCCAUCGACGUACAAAAGAUCUCCGAAUCAGCAUUUUCAACAAUUUGCGGUGUGGGGAGGGAGUUGGUACGAAAGUUGGUUCAGCAAUGAUAAACUAUCCCCGAAGAACGAGUGGAUUCGGAUUCCUACGGAGAUACCCACACAGUUGAUUGAAAAAUCUCUUCGUCGGAUGUGUAACACAUUAACAUAACCUCAAAGGCGCUCUUUUUACUGAUACUUUGAUGCACUUUACUUUAUGGGAUUUUAAUCCUAUGCAACUGAUUAGCACGGAUUCACUGGAUUUGUAGCAUGAUUUUGUUUUGAAUAGUUGCUGAUCAGAAAUUGAAACAUGAUAUCAGAAAUCACCUGUUUAUAUAAUCUAUUAGACUAGAAUUUUAAACAAAACUUUUUGUCUGUACAAUUCAGCAUUGGUUCGUCUGAUUCUAAAGAAAAGUGUUGUGAAUCCAAUUUUGUUUUACAUCGUUAUAAAAUCAGGUGACCAGUGGACUGGCAUUACAUGUAUAAAUGACCAUUUAUGCAAUCAACACAUCAUUUACGGGUGUCAAUAUUUCUCACUCAACGUUUCCAAUUCAUGAUUCCUCUCUUUAAAACUACAUUAUCUGUUAUGACUGUAGCGCAUGCGAUGCUUAUUUUUGUGCAGUGUACAUAAUAUAUAUGACCCAAAUUGUAUGAUCUUAAAUGAGUUUUCAUUUCAUAUAAGAUUUUAUGAAACGAGUCUUAGGAGCUUUUGUUUUUGCGAGCCUUGGCGAGCAAAAAUUAAAACUUCGAGACGAGUUUCAUAAAAGUUCAUGAAA